AUGACUUCUCGCGACGGCUUCCAGUGGACCAAAGAAGGUGGCCUAUCUCAAGGCGUACCAACACUGUCCGUCAUUAAUCCACCUACCAACAUUAAGUCUGCAACCGAUCAAGGCGAUUACGAUGUCAUUGUGGUUGGAGGCGGAUACUCAGGCCUCACGGCUACUCGUGACCUCUGUCUCGCAGGGUUCAAGGUGUUGCUAGUUGAGGCUCGCGACCGCAUUGGUGGGCGCUCAUGGUCAUCGAACAUUGAUGGCUAUCCGUACGAGAUGGGGGGAACAUGGGUUCACUGGCACCAGCCCCAUGUCUGGCGAGAGAUUUCCCGAUACGACUUGCGAAAAGAGCUCGAGCCUUCCUUCGACUUUUCUCGUGGAGUGAAUCAUUUUCAGCUGCGCACCAAUCAGGGCUCUACAACUAUGAGCCACGAUGAAGAAGAUACUAUUCUCCGGACAGCACUAGAGAAAUUUGUCAACGUCGACGGCGACAUGGGAAGAACGAUCAUUCCUUUUCCCCACGAUGAGUUCUAUAACCCCGAGGCAAAGAAAUAUGAUAAGAUGUCGGCACUUGAUCGCGUGCGAGACAUAGCUUUGACCCUCAGUGCCAACGAACGUGCCUCACUUGAAGGUUUUGUUCUUCUAUGCAGCUGUGGAACCCUGGAAACAACAAGUUUCUUUGAAUUCUUGCACUGGUGGGCUUUGUGUGGUUAUUCUCAACGAGGAUGCAUGGACUGUCUGAUUUCUUAUAAGUUCAGAGGCGGACAAUCUAUUUUUGCUCUCAGAUUCUUCAAAGAGGCGGCCUCGACCGGGAACUUGUCCUACAUUUUCAACAGCCCGGUCAAGUCAAUUGAUGACCAGAGCGGCAAAGUGAUCUUGACAACUCGCGACGAUUUCCAGUUCACAGGUUCGCGUUUGGUUUCAACAAUCCCCCUGAAUGUCCUCGAGACCAUCUCAUUCAACCCUCCACUCGAAUCGCUGAGGAUGGGAGCCGCCAGGACCGGCCACGUUAAUCAAUGUGUCAAAAUCCACGCCGAGAUUUCGGACAAAGAUAUGCGCUCCUGGGCCGGAAUGUCUUAUCCCUUGAACAAAAUCACCUACGCGAUUGGAGAUGGAACAACCCCAGCGGGAAAUACUCAUAUCGUGGGAUUCGGCGGCUUCCACAACCAUAUCCACCCGGAAGAGGAUGUGAAAGAGACCAAGAAGGCCGUUGAGAACUUGGCUCCUGGGAAUAUGGAUGUUCAGCGGCUCGUCUUUCACAAUUGGUCGAAAGAUGAGUUCGCCAGAGGUGCAUGGUUCUUCGCGCCCCCUGGACUGGUAUCUAACUCUCUUGAAUCUCUGCGAAGACGUCACGGAAAUGUGCAUUUUGCCAAUGCCGAUUGGGCACUGGGAUGGCGAGGUUUCAUCGAUGGUGCAAUUGAGGAGGGCACUCGAGCAGCCAAGGAUGUGAAAGAUGGACUGAAGCCGCCUCCUGCUCCUCGAGCCCAUCUAUGA